GCGAACCUUGCACCUGAGACCUAGUAGGGGCAAGCGCACGUCGGGAGUCCUCCUGAGAACUGGCACAGUGAACGCCCCUCCCCGGGGCCUUAGGCGCCCUUAGAGCACCAUGGGCUUCACUCUGGGCCGCUACGUCUCGUUGAGCGUGCUGGCAGCGGGCGCAGUGGUGUACCAUGCCUUCGCGACACGCCAAUACUUCUACCGCAGCACGAUCUACCUCUCCUCGUCGAAGAUAGCGGUGGCAGCCAUGGGCAAUCUGGCUUUUGCGCUGGCGCUUGUGACCAACCAGCUUGUUAUCAAGCUGUUCCUGGGCAGCCUUCGUGACAUUGAGCAGGAGAUGAUCCGCGAGCGCCUGUCCAGCGCGGUGAUGGAGUCGCUGCUGGCGCUCACCAUCUUCCGGGAGGAGUUCUCCGCCUUCUUCGUGGCUAUGUUCGCCAGCCUGGUGUUCAUAAAGGUUAUGCACUGGCUGGUUCAGGACCGUGUGGACUAUGUGGAGGUGACGCCCAGCAUCAGCCUGCUGGGGCACGCCCGCAUCGUGGCCUUCAUGGCGCUGCUGCUGGCCGUGGACGCCGCGUUCCUGCAGUACACCAUCGCCGGCACCAUCGCCAGCAGCGGCCAGUCGGUCAUGCUGCUGUUCGCGUUCGAGUACGUCAUCCUGGCCUCCACCAUUGUGCGCUACGCGCUCAAGUACGGCAUGAGCAUGGCUGACCUGGCCAUGGACGGCAACUGGACGGGCAAGGGCACUGCCGUGUUCUACCUGGAGCUCAUCGCCGACCUGCUGCACCUGUUCGUGUACAGCACCUUCUUCGCCAUCGUGUUCAUGCACUACGGCCUGCCGCUGCACCUGGUGCGCGACCUGUACAGCACCUUCCGCAACUUCAGGUCGCGCAUGCACGACUUCCUCAGGUUCCGCCAGGUCACGGCGCGGCUGGACCGCUUCCCCGACGCCGGCGCCGACGACCUGCGCCGCUGCGACGGCGUGUGCAUCAUCUGCCGCGAGGAGAUGGCGGAGGCCGGCUCCAACAAGCGCCUGUUCUGCGGCCACGUCUUCCACCUACACUGCCUGCGCUCCUGGCUGGAGCGACAGCAGAACUGCCCCACCUGCAGAGCCUCCGUCUUCCGACGCCCGCCGCCGGCGGCGCCGGCGGCGGGCGCUGCGGCUGCGCCGCAACAGCAGCCGGCGGCGGUGGGGGCGGCGGCUGACGCGCACCACGCCGCGGCGGCUGCAGGCGCGGCGGCUGGUGCCGCUGGCGCGGCCGGCGACGCCGCGGCGGCCGUGCACCACCCAGCCGAGCCGCACGCAGCCGCUGCGGCGGGUGCCGCGGAGCUGCGGCACCGCCACCACACCCCGCCCGCCCAGUCCGCGGCCCCUGCAACCCCUGCGGCCAUGCCUGCGGCGAGCGCCACGCGUGCCGCGGCCACGCCCGCCGCCGCCGGCUCGUCCGCGCACGGCUCCGGGGCUGGAGCUUCCGGCUUUCCUGCGGCUGCUGCCAUGGCAGCCGCUGCGGCUGCUGCUGCUAACUCUUCAGCGCACGCGCCGGCGGCAGCUGGCGGCGCGGCGGCUGGUGCUGCCGGUGCGGGUGCCGGCCACCCGGCCGCCCCAUCCGUUGGCUCCAUGGCGCCGGCUAUCAAGGAGAUCCUGAAGCUGCACUACAACUCAGCCCAGUGGCUGCGCGCGGCGGCGUCGGUGUACCCCGCCCGCAGUCCGCUGCAGCUGGCCUACGUGGCGGAGCACAACUUCAUGCAAGCGCGCAUCCGCAGCCUGGAGGCCAUGGCUGCGCGCUACGGAGCCGGCGGACUUCCGGUCACAACCGGCGGCGGCGGACUACCGGUCACAACCGGCCCCGCCGUCGGCGCCCCUGGCGGCGGCGCCCCGGCGGCGGACCCCUACCCCACCAUCCCGCCGCCCUUUGCCGGCGGGCUGGGCGCCGCGACGGCUGUUCCGCCGCUGGGCGGCGCCGCUGGCGCUGGCGGCGCCUCCGCCUACCCGCCCAUGUGGUCGGCCGCCGCCGCCGCCACGGCGGCCGCGGCGGCGCCGCCGCCGUCGGCUCCAAUGCCGGCCGCGGCGAUGAUGGGGCUGUUCAACCCCAUGGGCUUUGGCGGGCUGCCGGGCGCCGGCGGCUUCGGUUUCCCAGGCGCCAUGUUCCCGCCGGGCCUGGGCGCCGGCGGCUUGGGGCCGCUGAUGAUGCCCAACCCGCUGGCACCGGGCGGCGGCGGCCUCAUGCCGCACCUGGUCCCCGUGCCCAUGCCGGCAGCCGCGGCGGCAGCGGCCGGUGGCGCCACGGAUGCCAGCAGCAGCAGCAGCACCGGUGCCAGCCCGUCUGUGGCGGGUGUGGCGGUGCCGUUGCAUCACCACCAGCUGGCGGCGUCUGCGGCGGCGGCGGCGGCGUCUGCGGUGGCGGCGGCCAUGUUCGGCGGCGGCAUGAUGCCCACUGGCGGCGGCAUGGUGUUCGUGCCGGCCAGGCCCCAGGCGCAGCAGCAGGCCGCGCAGCCACAGCAGCCGGCGGCGCAGGAGCAGAAGCCCGCAGCUGCAGCGGCGGCGCCGGCGGCUGAGCCUGUGGUGCCUUCCGACGGCGGCAACGGCGGGGUUGCGGCCAGCAGCGGUGGCGCUGCUGCCGCCUCGCCAGCCAGCGCUAGCAGUGUCCCGUCGGAGCCGGCGGCUGCCGCUGCUGGGGCCUCUACCGCUGCUCCUGCAACUGCCCAGCCGGAGGCUUCCCCAGCGGAGGCCAGCGCGGGGCAGGCGGCUGGCGCGAAGGUGGAGGAAGCUGCGCCGCCGUUGGCGGCAGCUGUGUCGGAGGCUGGCCAGGCUGCGAAGCCCGAGGCGGCGGCAGCGGUCAGUCCUGCGGAGGGGGGCCACACCGGCGCGGCUGGCGGAGCAGCGGAGGACGGCGCGGCAGCUGACGAGGCGGAUGCGGACGCGGAGGAGCUGCGGCGCCUGCGGCUGCAGCGCUUUGUGGGGCCGCAGUAGAGGCGUGUUGUGACGGCAAAAGCAAGGUGUAGGCUGUGUGUUAAACAAAGGUACGGUACUAGAUCUUCGUCGACAGUGUCGCCCUUGGCGUCUUGGCACUAGCGGCAAGCGUAGAGACGUGUUGUGUGUACGAGUCACACGAGGUUGCUCACAAGGAGGCAGUGGAAGGUCCUGGACUGCGGUGAUCAGGACGUGACGUGCAGGCUGCCAGGAAGGGCAAUUGCAUCGACACUUCAAAAGCGUUGAGGUGUUUUGAAUCCCUGCUUUGGCAUGCCGAAAGCUCAGACAUCGUACGGCCGUGUGGUGGGAGUGUGUGUAACAUGGAUACGGUAGAUGGGCUUUACCAACCCGGUGGGCGCAGGUCAAAUACGCAGCAGGCCCAGCCGCACAACUACUCGAACCAGCAGGAUGGUCCGCUGUGGAAAGGGUGGCCUGGAGACCUGGACCGACAGCUCGCACCGGUGCCGACUGCCGAACAUGGGUAUAAACACGCGGCAGGCGCUAUAAUGUUGCGGGUCCGGUCACGCAUGCUGGUAAAUGGCCGACAGUUGAAGGUGGGACAAUGCGCGUGUGCAAGCACGCCAAGCGGGGCGGGGCGGGGCCAUCAGUGCACGCAACGUCUCGUUAG